AGAGCGUCACUAUGCGCUGGCACGAGCACGCAUGUGUCACCCACGCUCCCCGCCUCUCAGCUCUCAUUGGCUGUGGCUGUUCCUUCUGGAGUCCAACGGCGGCUAGCAAGUUAGAUACGCUUCCUAUCAGACGGAGGAGAGCUCCGCCUGCACCGUCACACCGGCAGCAGCGCUGCGGAGGCUUCAGUCGGCAGCCACCGUCCGGGGGGGAGACUUGGGGCCAGGAGCAGCAACCAUGGCCGUGCUUUAUGAAUCUGUGAGCCCUUAUUUAUGCUUCUCCUGAGACAACGGACAGAAUUUCACACAUUUCUCUCUUGUGCCUUUCUUGGAAAUUUAUUUCUGUCAUUGAAACAGAUUUGCUCUCGAACACCCACAAGCUUGUCACACAGUAGAGCAGCCAUGGAUCUAAAGACGGCAGUGUUCAAUGCUGCUCGCGAUGGCAAGUUGCGCCUUCUUUCCAAAUUGCUGGAAAACAAGGCCAAAGACGAAGUUGUUACCCUUAUGUCAGAGAAAACCAAUGGGGCAACACCACUUUUAAUGGCCGCCCGAUAUGGCCACCUAGACAUGGUGGAUUACCUGUUAGAUCAGUGUAGUGCCUCUGUGGAGAUUGGUGGAUCUGUGAAUUUUGAUGGCGAGACCAUAGAAGGGGCACCACCACUCUGGGCUGCAUCUGCUGCUGGGCACCUUAAAGUGGUCCAGUCAUUACUGGAUCACGGAGCUUCCGUCAACAACACAACCCUCACCAACUCCACUCCUUUGCGAGCAGCCUGCUUUGACGGGCACCUGGAGAUUGUGAAGUAUCUAGUAGAGCACAAAGCUGACUUGGAAGUUGCCAACCGUCAUGGGCACACUUGUCUGAUGAUCUCCUGCUAUAAAGGUCACAAAGAGAUAGCCCAAUUCCUGCUUGAGAAAGGGGCCGAUGUUAAUAGGAAAAGUGUGAAAGGCAAUACAGCCUUACAUGACUGUGCUGAAUCGGGUAGCUUGGAAAUCAUGAAAAUGCUUCUGAAAUACGGAGCACGGAUGGAGAAGGACGGCUAUGGCAUGACACCACUCCUAUCUGCUAGUGUUACCGGCCACACGAAUAUUGUGGAUUUCCUGACUCAGCACCCACAGACCAGCAAAACAGAGCGCAUCAAUGCAUUAGAACUCCUUGGAGCUACCUUUGUGGACAAAAAGCGGGACCUUCUUGGUGCCUUAAAGUAUUGGAAGAGAGCUAUGGAUAUGAGGUACAGUGAUAGGACUAAUAUUAUCAACAAGCCUGUGCCUCAGGCAUUAAUUAUGGCUUAUGAUUAUGCUAAAGAGGUAAAUACUGCAGAAGAGCUGGACAACCUAAUUGCUGACCCUGAUGAGAUGAGAAUGCAAGCGCUUUUAAUUCGAGAGCGAAUCUUGGGUCCGUCACACCCAGAUACAUCCUAUUACAUCAGGUACCGAGGUGCAGUCUAUGCAGACUCUGGGAACUUCAAACGAUGCAUCAAUUUGUGGAAGUAUGCAUUGGACAUGCAGCAGAGCAACUUGGACCCUUUAAGUCCAAUGACUGCCAGUAGCUUGUUGUCUUUUGCUGAGCUUUUUUCCUUCAUGCUUCAGGAUCGAGCUAAAGGUUUGCUUGGUACUACUGUUACAUUUGAUGAUCUUAUGGGUGUACUAUGUAAAAGCGUAUUGGAAAUAGACCGAGCGGUCAAACAAGCGUUACUGCCUCCUGACCAAAUCCAGCUAAACAAGGCCCUCUCAAUUAUUUUGCACUUGAUCUGUUUGCUGGAGAAGGUUCCCUGCAGCGCAGACCAAGAGCACUUAAAAAAACAGAACAUCUAUAGGUUCCUUAAGCUGCAUCCCAAAGGAAAAAACAACUUUAGUCCUCUGCACCUGGCUGUAGACAAAAACACCACUUGUGUUGGCCGCUACCCCGUUUGCAAAUUCCCCUCUCUUCAGGUGACCGCUAUCUUGUUGGAAUGUGGCGCUGAUGUCAAUGUCAGAGACUCUGACCAGAACAGCCCGCUACAUAUCGCUGCUCUCAACAACCACCCGGAUAUAAUGAAUCUGCUCAUAAAAUCCGGGGCACACUUUGACUCUACUAAUUCGCACAACCAAACUGCCUGUGAUUUGCUGGAUGAGAAGGAAAUGGCCAAGAACUUGAUCCAGCCAAUUAAUCACACCACACUGCAGUGUCUUGCUGCACGUAUAAUUGUCAAACACAAUCUACAGUACAAAAAGGAAAUCCCUGAAAAGCUAGAAAGCUUUGUGUUGCUUCAUAGAUGAUGUUUUGCUGGGACCUCUAGUACAACCGAAGGAUGUGCGCUUUGACUGUUGGUUUCUUAUUAAAACAUUGUUGAUAGGAGACGUCAAUUAUGCUUCAACUGGUAAUGUCAUGAUCUAAUCGUCUCCAAAAUGGGCUCAUCAACAUUGAAAGAAUUGGUUACCCAUAUUUAAAUAUGAAACUGCUAUAUGAAAUUUGGUUUUGUAUGUCAUCAUAAUUGUAAUAUCUGGACCCUGACUUGUAAAAUCUGCCAAAUUCUGUUUCCAUUUGGUUUGUUUUCUGCCUGUUGGUGUUGGGAGAGUGGCGAUUUUAUUUUCUUUCUUAUGCCUUUUUUGGUGAUUUCCUGCUAUUGCCAAUUUUGUGGCUUUUUUUCUGAUCAGUAUAAGGUAAUUUCCACUCUUGUAAUCUCCAGACCUUUCACUCUCAAUGUGUGGAUGGGUAUCAAUUUCUAUGGACCAUUUGCUAAGUUCUAAAAGCUUUAUGAACAUGUUAAUGUUUGCAAUUACCAUAAGUGCUUUAUCUCCUCUAUGCACUGGCUUAGACAUGACUGUUGUGUGUUGGCAUACAUCUAUGCAGCAUUUUGCGAGCCCGAUUAAAACACAAUUAUUUGUUGAAACUGAGUUUCUAUUCUGCACUAAGCAGCAUGGCUAUUUUGUAGGGGUUUUUGCUGGAUUCUGCAGGCAAAUCAGCAUUAUCGUUUAAUAUUACUUUCCCUUAACUUUAUAUUACACAAGAUAUCUUAUGGAUUUGGAGUAUUCUGGCUCUGCAAUUCCCUUGAAUUAAAUUGAACCCUUUAAAAUAAUGA